AUGGAUUGCUUAAUAAAAAAGAUCAAAGAGGUGUUUCAGCAUUCCAUCCAGAAAUGCUUUCCCUCAAUUAGCGAAGAAGUCGUCGUUACCUACGCAAACGCGAAAUUUGGCCAUUUCCAAUGUAACAACGCCUUCAACAUAUUCAAAAAGUACGGAAAGGAAUUGAACGUGGAAAAUGCGCAGAAGCUCUCUCAACUGAUAAUAGAAAACAUCAGCGAGAAUUUUUUUGAGGAAAUUAAAUCAUCGCCGCAAGGAUUCAUAACGGUCAAAUUGUCCAAGCAAUACAUAGAAAAGUCGCUACUCAAAUUGUAUAAAAAUAACAAAAUUGAAAUAAGCGUGAAUAUAGAUGAAGUAAAAAGUGGAAACGAUGGAGAUUACAAAAGAGUUUUGGUCGAUUUCUCUUCCCCAAAUAUUGCCAAAGAAAUGCAUGUAGGACAUUUAAGAUCAACCAUAUUAGGAGAUAGCAUAUGCAACAUUUUCGAGUUUCUAAAUGUACAAACGAUUAGGGUUAAUCAUAUUGGCGACUGGGGUACACAAUUUGGAAUGAUUAUUAAUUAUAUAGUUACCAAUUAUCCGAAUUUUAAGGAGAACAUGCCAGAAUUAACGAACCUUACGAGCUUAUACCAAGAGGCUAAGAAAAUUUACGACGUAGAUAAAGAAUUCGAAAAAAACUCCAAAAAUUAUGCAAUAAAAUUGCAAAAUAAUGAUGAAGAUUCCUUAUUUAUAUGGAAAAAAAUAUGCGAAAGUAGCAAAAAAGAAUUCAAUAAAAUAUAUAAAAUAUUAGACAUAAAGUUAGACUAUGUUGGAGAAUCACAUUACAUCAAUAUGAUUCCAUCAACCUUGAAAAUAUUAAAGGAUCAAGAAUUAUUGACAAAUGUUGGAGACGCUAUCUGUUAUCAUUCGGAAAAUUUUAAGGUCCCAUUAUUUUUACAAAAAUCCAAUGGUGGCUAUGGAUACGAUUCUACAGAUGUUGCCGCCCUUCAUUAUAGAUUAAAAGAAUUAAAUGCAGAUUGUGUUAUUUAUGUUACGGAUAAUGGACAGCUAUCCCAUUUUGAAACUAUAUUUGAGGUAGCCAGAAGGGCACAAUGGGCAAAUGAGAAAACCAAGUUAAUUCACGUUGGGUUUGGUCUUGUACUAAAUGCAGAUAAUAAAAAAUUCAAAACGAGAAGUGGCACCACCAUAAAACUCAUUAAUCUCAUCAACGAGGGAACUGAGCGAGCCAAGAAGGACCUCCUCGAAAGGAUUCAAUUGAAGAGCGAAGAGGAAAUAAGCUACUUUGAAGGCGUAGACAUAGACAAGCUGAGCGAAGAACUGUGUGUGAGUGCCAUCAAGUAUUUCGACAUCAAGCAGAACAGAAACACCGACUACAAAUUUUCGUAUGAUAAUAUGCUGAACGUGAAAGGAAACACGGGACUAUACAUUAUAUACGCCUACUCAAGGAUGUGCUCCAUAUUUAGAAAAUGCAACAUAGACAUGGACCAACUGUCGAAAGACGAGCUGAACCUAGUUAGCCCUUACGAAGUGAACCUAGGAUUGCACAUUUUAAAAUUUCCUGACGUCUUUUAUUUUAUUUUAAAAAAUAUGCUAAUUCACAAAUUGGCAGAGUACACUUACGACUUAACGACCAUAUUCACGGCAUUCUACGAAAACUGCAAAGUUAUAAACAGCGAAAACGAGAAAUCAAGACUAAUUCUGUGUGCCAUAUCAAAGUCCUUAUUACAGAUUUGUCUGAAACUCCUGGGCUUGAAAGCCAUAGAAAAAUUGUGA